AUGGAAGAGGAGAAUGAGAAGUGGAAAAAGGCAGUGGUGAUGUAUGUCAUUGGAGCGUCACCAUCAAUUGGGACAAUAGAGAGAUUCAUAGCCUCGAAUUGGAAUUUUGCUGCUAAACCUAGAGUAUACUAUCACAAUGAGGGCUAUUUUGUGGUUUUGUUCAACACGAUUGAGGAUAAGAAUGAAGUCCUGUACACAGGACCACACACAAUAGAUAAUAAACCUAUUAUACUUAAAUCAUGGACUGCUGAAUUUAAUUUCUAUGAUGAAGUGUUGAAGGAUAUACCAUUAUGGGUGAGUUUCCCAAAUUUGCCGUUGAAUUGUUGGGGGGAAAUCACAUUAAGUAGGAUAGCAAGUGCUUUAGGAUGUCCAAUUUAUGCUGAUGAAUGCACCUCUAGUGCAGCUAGAAUUUCGUGUGCGAGGGUGUUUAUAGAAAUGGACAUAUCUAAAGAACUUCCUAUGAGUAUUGUGGUACAGGAUCCAUCGGGGAAGAAUUUUGAACAGAAAGUGGAAUAUGACUGGGUUCCAACCUACUGCCAAAAAUGCUGUAUGGUAGGACAUGAUUGUAACAAUAUGAAUGGACAUGGGGAAGCACAAGAUAAAGUUCAGGGGUAUGAACAACAAAAGCAGCAAAGAAUAAUGCAAAAGAAGGGAGGACAAAUGCAACAAGCUAAGAUGCAGAAGCCUACAGUACAAUGGGUAGCAAAGGAACAAAAUAAACAAAAUGAGGAGGAGAAAGGAAAUCAAGGGGAGCAAGAGCAGAAUGAUAAAGAGGAAAAUGAUAAGGAAACAUGGCAGAAAGCAAGUGGAAGAAGUUCACAUAACAAGCAGAGCAACCACCAACAAGGUACUUUAAAAAUCACAAAUGGAUUUACCCCUUUGAGGGGGGAUUCAAUGAUGGAGCAAAACAAUUGGGCAGAUAAAGUUGAUGAGCAGGAGAGGAUGCUGGAGAAUACAGGACAAGAACCUCAAACAAUCAUAACAGUAUGA